AGUCAGGACUGUGACUGUGUGAGCGCAGAGACAGCAGCAGCGGGGCGCAGAGCUGCUACUGAACCUCCUCUCUCUACUGUCUGAAAACUUCCUGUAACUGAGGCUCAAUCUUUUUAAAAUCAUGUUUGUAUGGAUUUUUUUGGGGGGGUUCAUUUGAUGGAUUUGCAAGAUCAAAAGUUGGAUUUCGUGCUGGAGAAAGGUGGUUUGACUGCGUUUUACUUGGCUAGAAUGAAGUUUUUGGAUGAUUUACGCGUCGUAGACUUCUGCGCCAGAAUCAUGCUGUUGAAUGCAAAACAUUUUUGUGAUUUUCUCCGUGGGUGCCCGGUGUAACAAUUGUCAAAGCUCACAGAAAUAGGCUACAGCUUGUCAUGGAGAACCUCACCAUGGAGAACGUGACUGUGGAGAAUGACACGUCGGUGCAGGACAAUCAGACCCUGGGUGUGUGGACUGACUACACAGUCGAGUAUAAAAUAAUCAGCGUGUUCCUGGUGUCCCUUAUAUGUGGGGUGGGGAUCGUGGGGAACGUGAUGGUCAUACUUGUGGUUAUGACCACCAAACACAUGCGGACUCCCACUAACUGUUACCUGGUGAGUCUGGCCGCGGCUGACCUGAUGGUGCUGACAGCCGCUGGGCUGCCAAACAUCACGGAAGCCCUGUACGGGCAGUGGGUGUUCGGGUACGUGGGGUGCUUGGGCAUCACUUAUUUCCAGUACCUGGGCAUAAACGCGUCCUCGUGCUCCAUCACCGCCUUCACCGUGGAGCGCUACAUCGCCAUCUGCCACCCCAUCAAAGCGCAAUUCCUGUGCACUUUAUCCAGGGCGAAGAAGAUCAUCAUGCUGGUGUGGGCGCUCACUUCAGUCUACUGUGUCAUGUGGCUUUUUCUCUCAGACACGACAAAGUUAGUUUACGAUAACGUGGUUCUGCUCAACUGCGCCUACAAAGUCUCUAGGAGUCACUACCUGCCCAUUUACUUCACAGAUUUCGCAGUUUUUUACGUGCUGCCCCUCAUGUUAGCCACGGUUCUGUACGGACUGAUUGCGCGGAUCCUGAUCCUGAACCCACUGCCCUCAGACCCGAGAGACAACACCAAGAAGUGGAAGAAAGAGACCACUCAAGGAGGGAGAAUGCUCAGCUCCAGCUCCUCCAGCAGCACCACGGCGGCUUCCCGCAGACAGGUGGGAGACUGUUUGUUCAUUCACACUAUCACUAUGUACUCAUUGUGUUUGUACAUGCGUGUGUGAGUAGGGGAGACCGGGUCCAGCUGUUCUACAGGUCUGAUAAACAUCCUCCAAUCAGAGACAAGUUUGAGUGAUGUCAUUCAGAUUCCUCAGACUCAGGUGACAAAAUCAGGUGUUCAAACGUCCACAGUCAUUCAUGAAAACUUGAAAUGUUGAGGAAACCUGGUCCAGUAGUGAGUGAUUUAAGAACAGUCACAUUUGACAAAUUGUGUCAGACCCCUACAUUUUCAAACUAUAAUUACAAAAUCCAUCAUCCUGCCGCUGAUGCUUGAUUUCCUUUUUCUUUUACUUUAUUAAACACUUUAUAUUUAUGAGUGAUUGAAUGUGAAUGCUUUUACUUCUCGCUGGCUGAAUAAAAAUUGCAGAAAAAAUAUGGAUAAAUCAGGUGUGCAGUUUGAGCAUGGCAACAGCUGCCUUUACUGGGGUGACUGCUGACUGUGAUACUUUAUAUAAAACCUGGAUUAAGGACAGAAUGGAAUGAAAGGAUGAAGGUGCUUUAAUCAAUGCAUCUUAACAAUAUUUAGGUUUUAUGAGUUGGUCUAAAGUUGGAACAUCUUAAUCACAUUUCACAUGGAAAAGCUGAUAAAACUUGAACAUUUAGGACAAAAUUAAAAAAUUUAUUUACACUUUAUACGAACCCACCUCUUAUAAUGCAUCAUAAGCACAUUUAUUAAGCCUUAUAAAUACAUCUAGAAGGCUUUACAAGUGAUUAUAAGCAUUUAUAAGAGCUUAUAGCGAUGUUAAUUAAGUGUUAUAAUCGGUAAGCAUCAUGCCUUUAAAAGGUUUGGUUUAUAAUGCAUUAUACUUUAGUGCAAAAGUGUAAAAUUACAAAAAUCUAUCAUUGUUAAGUAUUUUUUGUCUGAGCUCUGAGCUUGAUAAAGUAAUGUUUUGUGUUUUAUUUAUCUUUCUUUAUUUACCUGGGUUUGUCAUAGUUGUUCAAACAGCUGCGACCUCUGCUGGUUCUUCCUUAACACUGUUCUCAGAAACAAAGCUACACAGAAAUAAAUGGUAAAAGUCGAAAAUGCACACUGAAUUCAGCGGUCUGCACAAUGGUAUGCCGACAUAGAGAGACACCACUUUAGCAAAGGUGGCUUCUUAAAUUCUGGAGACAAGUUGGAUCCAUUGUUUGUUACACUAAAUAAGGAAGUACUUCACAUCUUUAAGAACAAGGCCAACAUCCUCUUUGUCUGAUGAAGUCAUUUUCUGAUAAAUAAAUUAUAUGUUUAGGGUCAACCAGAAGCCAGAGAGGUUUAACUCUCUGUUCUCACUUAUACACUCACUUUUUUUCAGUGAGCGAACCUUCCCAAAAGGAUCAGUUCAGUUCUAUCUAAUCAAAUCUUUAGAUAAAGGAGUUAGUGUUGCCAAAAAGAGUACAGCUAAUACCACUCAAAGAAAUUGCAUUUGACAGUCUGUUGUAUUUGGUCCACCUGGAGUCUCUGAGCGUAACCACCCACACAGCAGUGUAGACCUUUUUUCAUGUGGGAGAGAAAUCAAAACCAAAUAGGGUAUAGUGUUGUCAGAUACAGUACGUUAACUUAAAAUAGAUUAAUUAAAUGAGUUUGUCCUCGUUUUUAAAGGAUUAAAUUGCCUCAAAGCUGCCUUACCCACUUACAAUUGAAAACAGUGCAUCAAAGAGUUGCCAAAACUGAUUCCUGUAUGGAUUUACUUUUUUUUAAUCUGUUUUGAAACAGAAGCAAUAAUACAUUGAAAGGAGGAUAGUUCCUCAUUGCGUCAUCGACAUAUUGGCAUUUGGCUGUACCUUCCAUAAAGGGGAACAAAUACACAAAGAUAAACAUCAUGCCAAAUAAAGGAUCACAUAGAGACCUUGGGAAUAACAACUUUUUGGGAGUGUUUAAUGAGAUUAAUAGAAAACAACUAAGAAAGGGGGUUAUUUUCUUUAUGGCUUGAUGACUACACUUGCUGGUCACUUGAAGUCACGUGGUUCAGGCCUUUUAGCACUGAUUUUCCCUUUGAAAAUGAUAUGUUUCCUCUCAAUAUAUAUAUGACAUGGAAACCACUCAUUCAGUUUCAUUUUGAUUCAAGUAUAUGAUGAACACUGGUAUGACCACCAUACCGAUUCUGUUGCCUAAACUUGUUCUUGAGUUCUGUUCUGAUUUUAGUACACUCAAGUGUACUCUGUAUCAGACAUGGAUAUACUCUCAGCUACAUCACUCAUUGGUGUCUGGAGUGGAGUUUUGUAGCUGAAGCAUGGUGGUUAACAUAUUGGUAGAGGUGCUGAGACCACUUCACAUUUGGUUGGCCUAAGAGGUGGCAAAGAUAUGGAGUUGAGUUGCCUUUCACCUCCUUCAGUCUUCAAGUCAGCCAAGCCCCUAAUUAUGCAAACUCUUGACCUUAAUAACUUUGAGUCAUAAACCUUUCUUCCUAUAGUGUGUGUAAAAAAGAAAUGAGCUAUUCAGACAAAGUUAUUAUUUCAUUUUUACAAAACUGUACCCAUGUGUAUUUUUGCUCUCCUCCUUGGAUGUGAAUGUUAAAAGAUCACACAAUGGUUAAAUAUCUAGAGACAGAAGACUGCUGCUUGGCUAUAAACACUGUGAAUCCUAUAUGAAUACACCCUCUGAGUCUGUGCAUUCUGUUGUGUGGUUCUAUUGAUGGCAUUCUCAAGUGUAUAAUGACUGUGGAUAGCUAGCAUUUUGCCAACUCUGAUUAAUAUUGCUCUCCAUUCUUAGCAAGCACAAAAGUGUCGUUGUUCACUAUCAAGCAGCAAAUAAACCUGGAAUCAGUUUUUCUGCUCAAACAGUAGAUAACAUUGACUGCUAUAAUAAAUCCACUGAGACAAGAAAUUAUGGUAUCAGAUCAAUACUUAGACUGCUGCAAUCAAAGAAGGUUAAAAAGCCCAUCUUACAAAGCUGAGCAACAACAUGCAUUAAGUCUGUUUGAUUUUUUUUAAGUGGCCAGUGUGCAGCCAGUAUAAACACUGUGUUUUAGCGCAUUAAAUCAAUACUUGAUAAAAGUGCAUUUUCGCUAUAUAGCUCUCCAGUUCAUCACACGUCAUAGGAAACUGAAGCUAUUGAACAUCCAUUUUUAUCUUUCUCUUACAUCAUCUGCUUUCCACUUAUUUUUCCUCACAAGUCUGAAGAGUCCCUACUUGAUAAAACAUAUCAGAACCCUCUAAAAGGCACAGACACGCUGUGUCAGACAUACAGGUAGAUAGCAAAAGCUAGACGUUUGGUUAUCAGAUCAGUGGGAGAAGCCUGUGUGGAAUGACAGGGGGUGUGGUACCCUGAGGGAGCUCUAGUCUGUUGGGUAGUCUAAUCUGUUAACCCAGAGUUAAAUAGGCCUUUGGCUUUUUUUUUCUGCAUCUGUCUAGCAGACGAACACGCCCAUAAACACAUAAUCACUUGUUUCUUGUGGUCAGCAAUAAGCACUUUUUGUAGAGCCAAAGGACAAUUUACACAGUCUACCACAUAGCUUACUGAAUUAUCGAAAGGUCAAGAGGUAAUGAGAAUCCAGGAUUAGGUGUUUCAGUCAACGUUGACACUGGUGGUGCUCCUUUCCUCUCUAAUUACAUUCACCUGACUGCAGCUGAGACGACACCGCAUAAAUAUGGAUAAAAUCUAAUUAUACACUAGCUAGACACCAGGAUUAUUCUUGAGCCAUUAAAUUAACAAAUCCAGGUUUUGUCAAGCUGCGCAUACAGAUGUAAUCAAACAGCCUCUUAUCUGGAGGAGCAAUGUUUUAAGAGAUCCACAUUAGGAAGGUUAUUGAAAUGCAUUACAACACAUCAAUGAAGGAACAGCCUGAUCUUAGAAACUUGAGGUAUCAAGGGAAAAAUCCAUAUGACAGCAUGCUUGCAGAUUAAUUCCUAACAAAUAAUUGGAAAAAGAUUUUGAUGCGUGAGGGAUCGCCUUGAAACCACAACUUUUUCAAAUGAAGUAAGCUACAUUCUGUCCUCACAUAUAUCAGUGUAAGCUGCAGAGAGGUCUUUGUUCCGUUAUAGUAUUUUACCCAGAAGAUGGCGCUCAAAGAAACAAUCUCAAGCAUAAUGAAGAAAACAGUAUUAGCUGUACCACACUAUAACGACUUUUCUCUCCACUAACUAACGACUAAUCAUGUUUUUAAAGAAAACAGUGAUUAACUGUUCAGCCAACAAACCCUGGAGUGCAGACUCUACAACACAGGGUAACAAAAGACCUGUCUUGGCAAUGGAUGACUGGUAAUGGGUCUGUAUGUUAAAACAGGGCCAAAGCUUGUAUGAGUGAAAGCUUAUAUACUUGUAUGGUCCCCCCGUAGCUAACAUCAUCAAACACUCAACGACCAUUCUGGUGGUUAGCAGGAUAGUGAAAAAAUAAGAGAAGUUUCAAAGCUGCUCAGAUACCUCUUUACAUGGGAGAAGCUUAAAAUUUCAUAAACAUAGGAGUAAACUCUUGUAAAUUUUGAACAUUUUACAACUUUAUUCUCAUAAAAGGUAUGACUUUAUCCCUGAAAUUUCUUUUUUAAUCUCUAAAUUAGACUUUUAUUUCUCUCCGUCAUGAUAGUUAUGAAGAGUAUGCUUGAACGUGUGCUUUGAAUGCACUCGUUUUUCAGUGAAGAGUGAACAUGCUGGCUCAUUUUGCCAUUAUAAAAGAAAUGUGAGCAUAAUUAAUUCUGGUAAACAGCAAACAGCUGUUCACAUUCUGAGGGGAUCCAAGAGGUCUCAGGGUGAUGAUCAAAUAUAUGAUCAAAUUUCCUUCAAUAUAGGAAAUCUAAAAGGAGAAAUAUAAGACCUUUAAUCAAGGGAUCAAAGCAAGGGUUUGUGGUCCAAAACAGUUAAAUCUGUCAACCACAGUCUCAUCAGCCUCACAAAACGUCACACUUUUUGAACUGGCCAGUAGGGUGUCAGAGUUCAUCGCAGCUAUUGAUUUCAGAGUACGGAGUGUGUCAGAGAAGGAGCUUGUAACAGGCCUGACUACAGAUUAACCUCAUGCAUGAUUUGACCACCACUGUCCUGGAUGGUCUUCCAUGCUGACGCAAGGCUCCUUUUUAUAGAUGCAGAGGCUGUAAUCCAACACCAGGAAGCUCCUCUUCCUCUUGCUUUACUCCUUACUGGACUCUGCAGGAUUUUUCAUGCAGGAUGGCCCCUAGGCUAAUUAAAUCUCUUGUCUACUUACUCUUGCCAGAAACUCUAAGUCCUUGAAAUGUGAGUUGAGUGCUGACAUAAUCUUGAGCCAUCCAUUUUAGAUGUCAUCUUGAUGCCAUGAUGACAACCUUUUCAUGGUAGUCUUGAAUUUGUCCAUGUAGGCUGGAUCUUCACGUGAGACCUGCAAUGUGGGAAAUGACAUGCAGAGAGAAGAAAAUACCAGGAGGAGGAAGAGUACCAGAAUUACCAAAUUACCAAUACCAAAUUUGUUUUUGCACAAGUUAAAUAAGUUUUUCCAAACCAAACUUUGUAACCUGCAAAAUAAAAAAAAUCAAAGUUAUUGAUGUUAAAAAAUAAAAUGAACUAUCUUAACUGGAUCCUGCACAUUUCAAGCAGGAUUCCCAUUGUCAGCAGUAAGCACAACUCAAAAACACAUUUUGGUUCUGUCAGCUUACAGUCCCUGCAGUCUCCUCAUUCUUCAGUAGAAGAAAAUCUUGGGGAAGGGCGAGUUUCAUAAAGCAGAAAAGGCUUUGUUUUGAGAGUCCCACUAUCUAUCCUGCAGCUCUUUAAAAGUGCACCAUCAUACCUGCUGUCACUGAGGCAUACUGCAUUAAUCUCAUCAUACAGAACCAUAACUCAGCUUUUUUGCUACCAUUUUCAAAGUGUUGUCUCUUCUGGCUGUAGUGACCUGAUGUUGAACUGAGCUGGUCAGUGAAGUUAUCUUCUGGGUGUCUGGUGACUGUCUUGAGCUUGGUAUGUAAAUGACCCAAGCUUCCACUCACUUGUAAUGAUUUGUGCGGUCACGGUAAGUUAACUGUGAUUGAUCACAGUGGACAGAAGCGCAGUGAUCCCUGGUUAGGGUGAUGUUCUGAACAGGGCAUCACCUUUUGCUAAGAUUUUUGUGAAUCUAGUCUAGUUUGGCUAAGUCCCAAAUGAGAAUAGUGCACUUAGCACUAAUGAUGGAUUUCCCCUCUAAAAGAGUGGUUUUUGCUCUCUGGCCAACACUCUACAUCAACAGUCUUUUAUUUCUGAGCAUUACACCUUUGCUGCUUUUGCUCUGACUCUUAUGAAAAAAUACAGCUGACAAACACUAACACACUUAUCUUUCAACUGCAGUUAAAGUUUGACUGAUGAAUGGAGAAGAAAAUAUCACAGACUUUUAUGAUGACCAAGCAGAAAAACUCAGUCUGGUGCAGUGCUGAUUCAAAAAGUUCUGUUCACCUCGCCUUACUUUGUCAACAGUGGAAAUGUUCAGCUUAAUGUGAGUAAAAAACAGUCAAGUUAGCUCUUUCAGAAGAUCUGAGGCACUCAGAGGGACAGAUGACCAUAAGUUUUUAUUUUUAAGGGCUGUAGAGUCAAAGGAAAAACAAGUGACAUGUUUUACUCUGACUCUGCUGCCCUAAAAAAGCCUUUUAGUUGUUUGACCUUCUGAGUGUCUUGAAUCUUCUGGAGGAGUUUUCAUUUGGUUUCCCACAUUGAAGAGCCCCAGAGAGACUCAUUUUUUCUGCACCUUUUUGCACACCCCUGCAGCUCACUCUCUGUCUCUAUUGUUUGACUUAGGUUCACCUGCUCAUUUUUAGAAGGGUGCAGAGAAAUCCAUUACUGUUGACCCAAGUGGAACUCGAGUGUAAUGAACAAUUUUCAAUGAAAGCAGAAAAAAUAUAUAUGUUUUGAGUUCAUUUGAGGGUUUUUUUUACCUCUAUUUUGACCAGAGGAUAGUGGGUAGGGUAGGAAACUUGGAGGAAGAGAGUGGGGUAAGACCGUAGACUGUAAAUAGAAUGGACGCCGUCUACCUCCUCACUGGGUGGUGCCACCCCGAGAACAGCACCCUCUGGUGAUAGGCUGCAGUAUAGGUCAUAAAUCCCGCCUCCUCCAGUAAUCCCUAUGGACCUGCGGACAAACUUUAGAAAUGAAUUACAGGGAAUAUAAAAUUUUCUCCCCCCUGGUUGCGAUGCUGACAUGUAGUUACUGGUUUGUGCUCAAGUCUCAUUUUUAAAAGUUAUUAGGGGGUUCAUGUUUUCUAUGAUUGACACUUGAUACAGCCUAUGGGUGUACGGAGAUUGCGUAGCUCACCCGGGGGAUACACUGUUUGAGCCGAACGUUAUCACAGCAACAUUGCGUACAAUGCUACUGCGCAAGUGGUAGUUCCAGGAAGUGGAGUAAAUCCCAGAAAUACUGAGAGCAAUUUGGCGGAUAAUAUAAUGACGGAAGGCGGAGCUAAGUUGUUCAUAGUAUAUACAGUCUAUGGGUAUGAUGUGCAGCAAAGGCUCACAGGUUAGGUUAAAGCCUGGUUCCCCUGUGCAUCCAUGCAAAAGGCAAGAUAAAGAGCAGUAUGUUAUAGCAGAAGAACCCUUAAGCGGUGACACAAGUCCCUGAUACCAACCUGUCAUGACGAAUGGCUCAUUAUCUGAUUCAAUCCAAUGAAACCCUUUUCAUGAAAGAAACGACAACACUGCUUUGAGAUUCAUGAAAUAUUCAGUGUGACAACUUCAGGCCCAGGCCUUGUUCCAUACAAGACAAUUUGACAUUGCUGAAUCCCAUUCAGCUGCUUCAAUUUCAGGUUCUUUGUGUUGUUCACUCCGACUCGCUGUCACAGCCUCAGAAUUUACUUGAACACUUCGGUAGGAUAAAUCCAGUGUUGCAGUUAUUUAUAACACAAAGCUUUUUCUACUUUGACAGGUAAAAGGUGUGUGGAGAAAGCGCCUUUACUUCACUUGUCUUGUGCUGUGGCUCACACCAUAUGGACUGUGUUUAUGACAGGCAUAUGUUUUCUGUGAGUUUAUUACUUGUUUGCAUUUUUUAAUGAAUUGUGGCUUUUUUUUAGGUGACAAAGAUGCUGGCUGUGGUGGUGAUCCUCUUCGCCUUACUCUGGAUGCCCUACAGGACCUUAGUAGUGGUGAACUCCUUCUUGGACAAGGCCUACCUGGACACCUGGUUCCUCCUCUUCUGCCGUCUCUGUAUCUACUUAAACAGCGCAAUCAACCCGGUGAUCUACAACGCCAUGUCCCAGAAGUUCCGUGCCGCUUUCAAGAAGCUGUGUCACUGCGGCCCCAAACGUAUGGAGAAACCAGCGUCUUACAGUGUGGCGCUAACCUACAGUGUCAUUAAAGAGACAUCCAAUGGGGAAAGUCCAGACCACUUCACUACCGAGAUGGACGAACUAAACGCACCGACAGACAAGUUCUUACCCAACAGCAUGCUACCAAGUGCCAAGAAGAUGCAGUUUGAAGACCCUCCUCUUUGUAGAAGUGAUGUUAAAGCCUGAUUAAAAACAAACGCCACCACUUAAAGAGGGAAGCAGAGGUUUUGACAACUGCUGUAUGGAUUCAGUCACCCAUGGGACGUUUUAGAUAAGUUUUAAUUAAAAGAGCCCAGACACUUCCUAUUUAAUUUAUCUCAAGUGUCUUCUCUCUGAAUUUCUUUCUUAUUUGUAUUUGACAACACCAUUUGCCUGCAGCCAAACGAAAUUCUAUGAAAGGAGCUGACACAGGCCAUUUUGUAUAAAAUAAAUGAAGGAAACUUAAUGAGUCUCGCAAAUUAGAGUGCAUUGAUGCAUCUCCAGGGCAGUCAUUCUCAACUCUGCAUAGAAAGCCAAUGCUUUUUGUCAGAAAAAACAGAGAGAACACAUUAGUGUAUUUAACUCAGUGCUAUAAUGCAUUAAUGUGAACAUUAAUUUAAACCAUUGCAGAAAGAAGAUGCAUAGGAACAAUUAGUGUCAUAUCGUUGAGUUUAAUCAUUGCUUUUAUCCCCACAUCUGAGCAGAACCAGACUUGGUGGAACCAGAUGCAACGAUCCGUCACUCUUAAUAGAGUUUCAGAAGUGUAUAUUAUAGAGCUAAUGUGGCAUGAUGUUUCUUUACUGUUUUUGUAAAGGUGUCCAAAAAUAUAUAGAGAUAUAGACUGCAGAGUCAGUAGAUGUCAGACUGGAUAUUUGUAACAAGAGUGAUGUGGUUUUCUGUUGCAAUAUGAGAUGUAUCAUUCACCGUCUUUUCUGCAGGCACAACCGACACAGGGAAAACCAGAAAAAGGCACAAUGCAUCAUCACAGUCCAAUACCUUAAUGCUGUGGCUGCCAUGCAACAACAUGUAGGCUUGAAUUACUGUCAGACAUCUGCAUGCGAGAGCAGCCAACCAUCAGCUCUUUGACAAGUGUCUGAAAAACCGAGUCCAUUUGAGGUGGUACUCAGAUUGUCAAGAAAGCAAAUGCAUGGAAAAGGAAACCUUGGCCUGAAAGCCUUAAAUGCCCGGCCCUAGCUGCACUAGAAGCCCCUCAAAGUUGACUGAAGUUCCAUUAGGGACAUAUUGAGAUUACAACUGUCACAAUAUCAGAAUUUAACCUCACUGUAACCGAGUUCAAAUGUAAGAUUCAUCCACAUCACUGGCAGUAUAACUUAUCUCUCAGAGAGCCAGUUCACGUCAGACAGCUUUGCCUCUCUAACAUUUCAUCAUGUGUGGCAACCAGCAUGGUGUUAUCAUUUGCCCAUUUCUAUCAUGAUCUUAAUGUUUUACCGUUUUUUUACCCACAUCCAAAAAGUUAGGAGGCUGUGUAAUAUGUUGAUUGAAAACAGAAUUGUAUGAUUUCCAACCAUCCAAACCCGA